AUGUCGGCUCAGAACUCCGCGGGCAUUCAGACCCUCCUUGACGCCGAGAGGGAGGCGCAGAAGAUUGUGCAGCAAGACCGUACCAAGCGGAUAAGAGACGCCAAGGCCGAGGCCCAGAAGGAGAUCGAAGAAUAUCGUAACCAGAAGGAGGAGGAAUAUAAGAAGUUCGAGACCGAGCAUUCGAGCGGUUACAGAAAGGCCGAGGAAGAUGCCGAUAAGGAGGCUCAAGAGAAGUUGAAGGAGAUCGAGGCGGCCGGCAAGAAGCAGGGUGACAAGGUUGUCGACGAUCUGAUCCAGGCGACGACUGAUGUCAAGCCCAAGGUGCCGGAGAAGAUUGCAAAGGCAUAA